AUGAAGACAUUCUUGGCAAAUGCUUUCGCAGUGGGACGUCUCGCUACGGUCCAAGAAUUUCACCUCUCACGCAGCGGUAAACUCGCUAGCCACCUUACGCGACCGAUCAAGGUAACGCAAGGAAAACAUAGAUUAGCCUACGAUCAUAGUUCACAUCCAAUAAAUGGACCAUGUCGUCAAGCUGGAUUCCAACUACGAGCUUUUUAA